AUGUCGAAGAUCGAUCCACCAAAGAUGGGACUCGAGAUUGGCCCAGAUCGCUUGAAGUACUAUGUCCACAAAGCUCUGCUAGUCCACUAUUCUGAGUACUUCCGCAAUGCACUCAAAGGUCCUUGGAAGGAGGCAGAGGAGGGCGUUGUGAAGUUGGUAGAUGUCCAGCCGGCUGCGGUGAACAUCUUCAUGCACUGGCUCUACAUCCAAGAUCUUCCGAGAGAACACGACUUCAGGGCGUGGGAAGACAUCCUGGCGAGGGAGCGUCAGACCAAUUUCGAAAUAGCCAUGAUACGUGCAUACGCGUUUGCAGACCGCUUCUUGAUCCCUACCUUCCGACGUGCCAUCAACAAGACAAUCGUAGAAUACUUCAAAUGCGGUGAUCCUGCGCUUGUCUGCAACAUUCCAGAUCUAGCCACCGAAGCAUUCUCUAAGAUUCCCGCGGAUCGACCCAUCCUACAAUUCCUCGUCGAUGAGUACUGUUAUUGGUGGACCGUUGGUUGCGAAACCAGCGAUCCGCCAAUCAAUCUGAAAGAGGCUCCUCCUGCAUUUCUUGCACGUUCGGUGAGGAGCUACAGGACACUGCUCGAAUAUUCACGAGCCGGAAACGGAGUCAACCAGUGUUGCUACUAUGAGCACACUGAUGAGCAGGAAGCUUCGGCUUGCGGCAAGCUGCACAUGUGA